CGGAAAUGAAGGGCAGUGGGCCAAAAUACGCAGAAGAGCAGAUCCGAGCCAUCAGGAGCAGACGUGGCGGACGAGGAACAUUGUAACUCCCCCUUCCAACCAUAUUUACGUUAUUUUAUUGAUGGGGGAUUACGGAGUUGCAGUUGCCACUAACAUCGGAGGAUUUUCGUCGCUGAAUUCAAAGAACAUUUUACAAAGUAAGUCCAUAUUUAACCCUGAUCCGCGUACAAUGCAAGAUGAAAACAUACACGAGAAAACCACAUCUCAGCAUCAGCAACUCACACAAGUCGUGGCAGAAAACGGAAAUGUACAUGGUUCGGAAAUCAGAAACAAAUCGGAUGCAAGUACUUUAUCAGAAGAGAAGAAAGCCGAUUUAUUGACUUCUGUGAGCUCUACACAGGCGCACGGUACCGUUAUGGAGACUAUUUCGUCAACAGCUGUUGUGUCAUCAGGGACUUCUGGCUCAAGCUUAUGGACAAACCAGCCUUCUGAGGAAACUGUAAUACCGGCAUACCACUCACUUAACGGGACUUUAACAAUGUCUCAGUUUCCAGCGGUUCAUAAUAACUUCUACAGUGCAGGAAUUGCCACCCAUAUGGGGUUAAAUAUGACACAGCAACCUCCACCUCCCCAAAGGAGAGCGAUAACAGGGCAUCAUAACUUCCCAGCUCGUCAACAACAGCCAGGAAUACUGAUCAACAACAAUUCUAAGGGCUACCCAAACUGGAGCAAUGCUCCACAGUGGUCCCACUCCCAGGGCCAGGGCCAAUCAUGGGGAAAUAUUCACUCCACGCAACACCAGAGGCGGUCCGUGCCAAACUUCCCCUCCUCACUCAAUACAGCAUCUUUUCAGAUGAAGAAGUCCCCUGUGUCGUACCAACAGCAGAUCACCAACACUGCUCCCCUAAUAGCUCCCUCCCGAUUCCGUAGGAGCACUUCAUUUCCCGGUCAAAUGCACCAGGCCACAAUGCUAAAACCAGGUCUGGAGAUUGGAAGUGUUGAUGAUACACACAGAGAGUCUAUGUUAUCAUACCAGGACAGGAGUAACUCGUAUGACAGUAUGAGGUUUUCGAACUUUGAGAAUCAGCUCCUUGACAUCAUGAGGAAUUCUGGGGAUCAUGCAGAUCCACUCAAAGGAAAGCCAACAUUUGGAUUUGGAGAACUAGAUGAAGAGACACUGGAUCCGAAUUUGUCUGUACUGGGGUGUGGACCGCGGGGAUCACCUGGGUCCCAGGGGGAGAGGAUUGAGCGCUUCUCUAGAAAGGUGUUUGUAGGUGGACUUCCUCCUGACAUUGAUGAAGAGGAAAUUACGGCUGCAUUCAGAAGAUUUGGGCCCCUGGUUGUGGACUGGCCCCACAAAGCAGAAAGUAAAUCCUACUUUCCUCCAAAAGGCUACUGUUUCCUGUUAUUUCAAGAUGAGGUGUCUGUCCAGGCUCUGAUAGAACACUGUAUUGUGGAUGAUGAGAAGCUGUAUUGGUGUGUCUCCAGUCCCACAAUGAAAGACAAACCAGUCCAGAUAAGACCUUGGAGCCUGAGUGAUUCUGAUUUUGUGAUGGACGGGUCACAACCUCUGGAUCCUCGUAAAACUAUAUUUGUAGGGGGCGUUCCCAGGCCAUUAAGAGCAGUGGAGCUGGCCAUGAUCAUGGAUCGUCUGUAUGGUGGCGUCUGUUAUGCAGGGAUAGACACUGAUCCGGAGCUAAAAUAUCCCAAGGGGGCGGGGCGUGUGGCCUUCUCCAAUCAGCAGAGUUAUAUUGCUGCCAUUAGUGCUAGAUUUGUACAGCUCCAGCAUGGAGAAAUAGACAAGAGGGUGGAGGUGAAGCCGUAUGUUUUGGAUGAUCAGAUGUGUGACGAGUGCCAGGGAUCCAGGUGUGGGGGUAAAUUUGCCCCAUUUUUCUGCGCCAAUGUCACCUGUCUACAGUAUUACUGUGAGCAGUGCUGGGCUCAGAUUCACUCUCGCCCGGGACGCGAGUUCCACAAACCUCUCGUCAAGGAGGGAGCUGACAGACCCAGGGCAGUUCCAUUUCGCUGGUGUUAGAACAAAAGUCGACAAGCUUUUUCUUCAAAAGAAUUAAAACUUGUAGAUGUAUUUAGUCCAGAUUUAAUAUAUUAUUUAUUUAUUGAAUUUUUAUCUUGUUAAUGUUUAUUUUUGUCAGUGCUGGAUGUGGCUAUUGGUUAAGGUAGCCAUUAAAAACGUUCCCUUGCCAACUAUUUAUUACAGAUUGUCUCUAGCCAGAGCAUUCCAUAGGAAAUCUAGCAGUUUUAACAAUAUCCCAACCUUUUUAUACAGGUGUUUUCCCUUUUUUUAUUCACGAGAGAAAAAGAUGACCAGUUAAAUAUUUUUCCACGAAUAAUAUCAUAAUUAAAGCAAUAUAUAUCACACAUGCAAUCUGUGUUCAUGAAUUUUGUAAUUUUUCCAUCAUGCACGUUGUGUAUUUAAUGAAGAAUAUGAAGUUUUUUUUAUAAUCAGUAGAUCACUAGGUGGAUAGAUUUUUUUUUCUACUUUUGUGACCUUUUUAAGCUAGAGACAAUCCAGCUAUUUAUAUCUGGUUCUCUGAUUUUGUACAGUGUGAUUCUAUUCUAGUCAAUGUCUUGUAUGUUUGUUCUGGUCAGUGUUGCUGUUAAUCCUUGUUAUUUAUAAACAAAAACUACAGAAACAUGUUGCAGGGAUUUGUGACAAAAAAGAAAACUUUUCAGAAUUCAGCAUUUUGAUUUUUUUUACCGUUUAUAUAACUGUUUUAUACUUUUAUUGCUGAUUAAGAGUUACUAGUUAUUGCAUGCUGUUUUUUUUUGUUUAAUUAGUUUGAUAUAUUUUUUUUUUUCAAUUAAAUAUUUGCUAUGUUGUAUGAAUUUUCUGUGAUUUACCAUAUUUAUGUCAUUUCUUGUUGCGGCCAGUGGAGAGUUUCCCUGGAGAUGUGGGAUUUUAUUGGGCUUAUUUUUUAUCCUACCCCCCAUGAUUAGUCACAUACUGUACUGGCUUGUAGUCAUGUUUUCCAGGAUAGUUUUCUGCAUACCAUUUAAACCGGUACUAACUGUAUAUAGCACUAUAAAAAAUAUUGUUUAAAAAAAGGGCCUCAUGUACUCACAGAUAUAAAUUUGCUCUCUUUUUUCACAUUUUUGAUUAAUUAUUUUUUGCAGUCACUAGCUUUUGGUUGUGGUUCCUCUAUAUGAUCUAGUUAUUCAUUUUUUGCUCAACAACAGUGUAUAAUAGAGAAAACUAGUUUGUUACACUUAUUUUUUUAUGAUCUUUUUUUUAGUUAUUAGCUGUCAUAAUUCAUCUUAGCCAUCACCCAGUGUAAUCAUGUAGUCACUCCAAUUUUUAUUGUUUUAUAUAUUCCAGAUAUUUUUCACAUAUCACCCAGCUUCCGCUUUGUACAUUCUGCAAAAAAGAAAAAAAUACAAAAAAGGCUUCUCAUCCUUAUCCUUUUUAUGGAAAACUAUAUAUAUUCUUUUUGUAUAAAUUGUACAUUCACUACUUCCAUUGUUUUUUUCCUCUUUUUUUAUAAUUGUAAAAAUAUAUAAAGAAUUUGAACAAUAUAAGAAAUAACAUGCACUUUUUUCACAAUGUAUUUUUUUAAUUUUCAGUAAGCCAAAUAAAUCUGUAAUAUAUUUUAUUAUCAACUUACAAAUUUCACCGUCAAUCAAACUCUGUGUUGUCUCAUGUCACAACAAUGCAAGCUGUUUGCCAGGACCGACAUUUUGUACCAAUUCCUCAGAGUUUUUUUAUAGUAUGACUUUUUGCUAUAGAUGUCAUCACUUUUAGAAAUCAAUACUAUUAAGAUUUAAAUUGUUUGUGAGGUAGUAUGAUGUAAUUUGUUUUGUUUUUGUUUACAGGUGCUAGUUUUAAGAUAAGAAUUAUUGAUGUUUGUUUUCCUCUGUAAUAUUUUAAGUGUAUUUUCUUUUUACUGUUAGUUCAGGAGAGGCACUUUUUUGUACAACAUGAUUAAAACUACAAGGAGCUGCUGAUACAGGAGACAGAAUUACUAAUUACAUGUAAAUGUUAAAUGACUUAGUCGAGCAGAGGGGAAAUCAAAUUUAUCUGUUGGUCUAGACUUAGGUACUGUUUUUUAACAACACUUGUAUUGUUAGUGGAGUUUUAUAAUAACGGGGGCAACAUUAUUGUAUAUGUACCAUACAAAGAUUAAGUAAAUCAAAAGAAGGUCAAAGGAAGUAUGGAUAAGGUACGAGGUGUUCCAAGUUAUUAAUAGUGCCAGAUGGUGACUGUAAAAUGUGUUCCUUUGUAAAGUUUAUGAGCAUGCCCAGUGGUAACAGCCAACUGUGAUUCUGUAUUCUAAAAACCAGUUGUUAGUUAAAGUUCAGGUGGAUAAUCAAGAUAUUACUGGUAAUGGGGUGUUGGUUUUCAGCGGGGGGCGUGAGACUUCCUGUUUAACAGUGUAACAGCCUACCUCAGUUAAUGAUCUGAUGUCCAUAAAUACCUCACCGCACUGUAACCCUUCUACUGACCAGUAAUUCUGACCAUUCAAUACAAUAUACCCUACAACAGUGGUCAUUCCUUUGUGGAGCUCCUUGUUUAUCAAUUUACUCCAUUCAGACUUAUAAUAAUUGUGUUUCCUCAUAACACUCUAUAAAUAUAAUAAAUUUAGUCUGUGUCUACUGCAGCAAAUGGCCCACCCAAAAAUGACCACUUGUAUGGUAUAGAAGCCCCUCCCCUAUAGUACAGGAUCUCCCCCUCGCUGAAAGCAAACACUGCUAAGUCUUUCAUGUAAAGAGUGCCACUGUGUCAAUGAUAUGAUUUGGUUUGUACCUAGCUCAUAUUGUGCUGGGGAUACCAGAGUCUGAUAUAGAAUUUUAAUGAGAAGGGACUUCCAGGUAAUGGAGGAAUUGGAUUUGGUUGAGUUGUUUCUUGGUAAUAGUAGUCCGUUUUUCUGUUUGUUAUUCCUUUUGUUUACAUUUUUUAAUACAACAGUUAUUACUUUUUUAUUGGAAUGAGUGUCUCUUAUUAAUCAGAUAAGAAAAUCUAUAAGUGCUUCUCUUCAAGUGGCUCUUCAGAAUUUUAUUUGUUGAACAGAGCACAACAGAUCUCGGUAUUCAGCCGUGACAGCUCCUAUAGAUUUUCUUUCAUUUUAUAAUGGAAACUGGUAUUUUUAUAUUUUUUAGUUCAAAGAUAUUUAUACUUUUAUAUUUUAUAAAAAAAAAAAAAAAGAAGAAUUUUGCACGAGUCCUAAGUAUGGUGUUGUUUCCAUGUAGACUUCAUAGUUUAUUAGAUUCUGCGAGUGAUACUUUAUGAAAAGGAUACAGUGUGUGUUUGUCAUUAGGAAUGGAUUCGAAGAUAAACCUCAUCUUUGUGAAAUUAAAUGUUUGCCUUGAAAUCUGUAGAGUAUGAUGAAGCUUCAGCACUUUUUAUAUCUUGUUUAAAACACAGCAGUUUUUCAUCAAUUAGUCACUCAGCUGCAAUUUUUCAUCAGAUUCAACUUGAAUUAAAAAUAUGGGUAUAAGGUUUUAUCAUUGCUGCCAAAAUUAUACUUGCCAGAACAGCAAAGUCAUUUGUUUUUUAAUCAUCACUGGAAAAAGAUGAAAAAAAAAUUUGUGGGUCUAUCAUUUCCGAGAACUAGUCACUUAGAUCUGUGUUUAGAUAGAAAACCACUCCCGUGGUGAUGGGGUAUGAUAUUUCUGUUGUGCAAUAACUUUUUUAUUCAGUUAGAUUAUUAUGGGCAAAGAAAGGCAGUGGAUUUUCAUAUUUCAGUUUAAAUAACAAUUGUAUCUGUAAAUUCUUGACAACAUUAUAUCUUAUUUUAAUACAUUAGUUAUAGUUAUUUAUGGUAGAAAAUCAAUUCAUUUUGGUACCUGCCUCAUAGGACUUCAAGUUUUUAUGAGCUUUUCUGAUUAAUGUUUGUUGUCUGUCGAGUUAGAUAUAUUCAUUUUUUUUUUAUUUUUAGAAAAGCCUUAGUAUAUGUUACAGUUGAAAAAAUUAUACAUUCUUACAAAGGAACUGGGGAGUAUUAAAAUAUGGCAAAGGAAGAAUUCAAAAUGUACGUUGUGAAAGAAAUCUAUCAUUUAUGGAAGCGUGCAGGACAAAAUUAAAAAAAAAACUUUUUACAAUGUCGCUUUGAAUAGUGUUUGAAGGGAGAACGUUUCCUUUUAUUUUUGUUUUGUCAAAAUAACAACAGAAAAUUGAGAUUAAAAUGAAAUUCAAACAAUUUGAGCACAAUAUAUUAGGCAAAAUUUGAAACAAACUAUUAUUAGGAUAAAAAAAAUGUAAAUAAAAUAAUUUUUUAAAAUGUAGUUAUUGCCCUUACGAAAGAUCUGUUGGUCUUUAAGCAUUCAUGAUUUAUCAUUUCUUCCCAAUAACAUCUGCAGAGCUGUGAAAAUUCCAUGUUAAUACAGGAUUUUAGUUUCAAAAUGUGGAUUACAGUUCGACCUCUGUAAAUUAUGCUUCAUUGUUAUGCUCAGAAUUAAUUUUUUUAGACAGAUUAAUAUUCUGAUUAUCAUUUAUGCUUGAUAGUUCCUGACAAAACAAAUAAUAGAGAAAUAAUCAAAAAUGGUUUAUCUUUUAAUUUUAUCGAAUUAUACAUUAGAAAGAAUUGUGAUCGAAAAGCAGACCACAACAAAUUACUGAAAACUGCAAAAUGGGUAAACGCCUCUGCAUCUGCCAAAUGUCUAACUAUUACACUUCAUCUCGCUAUGUGUUCCUUCCUGACUCCUAUAAACUAAAAUCAUCCUACCAUCCAAUGACCAUUUCACGGGUCAAGGUAUCAGGACGUACAUAUAUAUGUUACAUUUUGUUGUUUUGGUUGAAGGUGAGCAUUGUGACCUAUGGACCUAUUGUAAUUUUGUUAUUGUUUUGAAUCUAUUUUUGGAUUAUUUCCUCCCUCCUUCCCAUUUCUUGUCCAGUUGCCUGUUGCUUUUGUUCAGUAUUAUUGUACUACAUCUAUAAUACUUUCCCAUAUAACGCCAAUCAUUACAUUAUAGAAGACACUGAUUAAGUGACCCAAACAAAACAUGUGGGAUUUAUUGCAAUUGAUUGGACUAUUACUCCAGUAACGUUUCUUGUGCAUGUGUAGUUUUUGACCAAUUUCAUACAUGUUGUGUUUUGUAUAAUGGGAAGUUUUCAAAGUUAUUUUGUUUAAAGUUAUUAACUGAUCCUGAAGUUUCUAUGUUUUUUAAUAAAGCUAAGUCAUUCUUUUAUAAUAAUAAAUAUGAAUGGUGUUGUUAA